AUGAACUUUCAAUAUCCCAACUUGUCCACACUCAAUUUCUAAAAUCAGCCAUAUUAGCAGAUUCAUUUGAACACUAACAGCCAAGUUAAUACUUUAAGUCUUAGCUCAGGCCAUUAAUCUGUUCAAGUCCAACCUAUAUUUUACUAAAACUUCAAUUUUAAUAACAAAAGCAUAUUACCAGCUUAAGCGACGUAGUAGAUAAGUGCUCCAAUUAUAAUCUCACAGCCGAGUCCAUAUCUUAAAAUAGGUGCAUACCAGCAAACAUAAGCCUAAUAGUUUCAAUAGAUUCCAUUGCAGAACUAACAAAUGCAGCAAACCAAUAUUUAUUGCCCGAUGAUUAUUCAAAGAAAUUAGGAUUUGGUGCCGAGAUAUGAAAUUAAAUAAUAAAAUACAGAUUUAUUAUCCUGCAGCUUGGGUCUUCCUUAUAACGUACUUGCCUCGUCUUCGAUAAGCCAAAAUUUCGGAUUGUAAAGUCUCUAAUCAAGGCCAGCCAUUCUUGUUACAUAGAAUAUUAAUGAUCUAUCUUAAAAUUGCAUAAGUGAAAGUGAUUUUUAAAAGAAUGAUCAAAAUAGCGUCAUUUCUGAUGGAGAUGACUUUUUACGUCCACUAAAAUUCAAGCUUCACUCUUUGUCGAAUAAAAAUUUAAGAUAUGAAGUGAUCUACAAAAACCUACUUAGAGAUCUCAGAAAAUUUUACCUUGAGGAUUUCAAUGAAUGUACUGAAUAUUUUAAAAAGAAAAGAAGAUGCGACAAUAGCUUUCUGAUGGAAUGUCUAAAGAUGUACGUAGCACAGAAAAAUAUAAUAAAUUGUGAACCAUUUCCUGGGAAAUUAAUCGGGACUUCGGAGGAAAAAUUGAUAUUUUGCUUAGGCUCACUCCUUUAUCCGAAGGAGAUGAUUAAAUGCUAUAUUCCUGAUUUUCAAGAUGAUGAUCUAAAAGAUAUUAAAACAGACUUCAAAGAUAAACCUCUAAAAGCAAGAAAAGUUAUUGGCAUCUAUCAUUAUUUAUAUAGAUUCAGUCUUAACAGACUUAAUAGAUUUAUAAAUGAUCCGUCACUCGUCAAAAUAUGUUGGUACUAUUUCAACUAGGCCGGGUAAAGGCGUAUUGAGAGAAGUAAUACGAUGAAAAAGUACAGAGAUGCUUAUUAUGAAGCUAUGGAUAAGCUAAAAAACUACGACCAUUUUGCAAAUAUUCUAAGAUAAGGCCAACGAGGAAAUUUCACAGGAGAGAACCAUGAAUUAAUAUCUUAAUAACUCUAGAUUAAAAAAUAGGAUUUGCUUGAUCAAGGCUCAUAAUUUUAAUCUCUAGUAAAUACGAUCAGCAAAAGAUGA